AUGAAAGAAAGUUUCGGCUAUGUUGAAAAGGGUUGCGUCCAGCAACGCCUGCCUUCUCUCAGGUCGUUCCAAGAGCGCGACAUUGAAUUUGCCCGGAAGACGAGUCUUCCGUUUCUGCGCCGAGAUAGGAACGGUGGUCUUCUACCGAAGAGGCCCAAUGAGCACGUACCAAAAUAUAAUCAAUCUGGUCUGCCGUUCGACCAUCAUUUGAGCACUAUAGAGCUUUCACAAAAAGUGAUGGUGAAAGACCUGUUGGAGAAAACCAAUCCCGAUGCAGUUGCUCGGGCAAAACGUCGCCAGGUGACCACAGAAAGUCGUCCGGUCCCGGUGGAUGUGGGCGAGUCGGCCAUGCGUGACUAUUUGCUUCAUAAUUGGCGUCACGAGAAAUGCGCGGAAGCGGCCAUAGUCUGGUUUUCUGAGCAUUCCUGUUUCGACAAGGCUUGGCUGCCGCCGAACCUAUCCCCUAUUCUAUUCAGCACACUGGAUUUGCAUCGAGCAAACAGUAAUGUGGUUCAUGCUGCCCUGAUUGUGCUGGCUCAUUUGGUCAAUCUGGGUCAGCGAAUCAUAAAUUUGUCGCCACGCUCGAUUGCAGAUGAUGCGCCAACAGGUGGUACAUCCAACUGGACCAUUGUUAAAGAAUGGGCAAAUGAAGAACUUCCACUGAUCCUGACUACCAUGAAACAACACUCGGAAGAAGUCCGGAUUCAACGAGCUGGUCUACAGUUGUUUGACGCUCUGAUAAGUUCCACACAUCCGAACAUCACAGUUGAUGUGGUCCAAUCAUAUUUGCAAUCGCACAAGCAUCUUUUCGAGUAUCUAUCAGACAUUGGUGUCGUGGAUCAUUUGCUCACAAUGCUGCAAUGUGACCAAGUUCCCCUGGUCCGAUUGGCUCUGGAUUCUCUGUGGAAAUUCUGUGUCUAUCCUCCGAUUGCAGAAAAAGCUCUUGAAAAUAAUGCGUUCGAAAUAGCCAUUUCACUAAUGCGCGAUUGUCCGGAUGAUAUUGCAUUGUUUGCCAGUGGCCCACUACUGAUUCUAGCUGUUUCGUCUCUCGGUUCAGCCCAAGCGCAUUUCAUGCAAGUAGAUGACAUAGUAGCAAUAUUGCUUGGUGGACUAACCCGAUUCAACUGUUGCCCCGAUACCAUCUGGAAUAUUUCCCUGGCAUUGAAUGCGGUGAUCGUCAAUUCUGAAAAUGCUGCAUUACAAUUCGUCGGCGGUUAUCCACAAACAUCUGAAGAUGGGUUCGAUAUAUUAUAUUCCAUAUACAAAGCGUACCAUGACAAUACAAGUGUGAUAGAAGCGCUCAUGCGAAUUGUUGAAGCGGUAAUUCGAUACGAACCCGUGCUGCGUUGCAUAGCGCACGACUCGUUGCAUGCUAUGCUGAGCAAUGUGGAACAGAAUCGUGAAGAGCACCGGGUGCUCGUUUCAACCGCCCGGGACGGACUGAGAAAACUGGCCGCAUUGGAAGUGCUAGACGCCUCGUUGACCGGAACAGCCCGGUAG